CGGGUCUAAGGCCCGCCCCCGCCGCCGCGGCGCGGUGGGUGAAGCCUAGGCUGUUCCGUCGGAGGGUGCGGGGCUGGGGGGACCCGCCAGGGAAGUGGAGGACCCCGCGCCGUGCCCCUGUGUGCCCACCCCUGGCCCCCCCGGCACCAAGGCUGCUCGAGCCCAGGGUGUUUUUUUCCUUGUCCCGCCACCUCCCAGACUCUGGCCCAACAUGAUACUGACUAAAGCCCAGUACGACGAGAUAGCCCAGUGCCUAGUGUCUGUGCCUCCCACCAGGCAGAGCCUGAGGAAGCUGAAGCAGAGGUUCCCCAGUCAAUCGCAGGCCACUCUGCUGAGCAUCUUCUCCCAGGAGUACCAGAAACAUAUUAAAAGAACACAUGCCAAACACCAUACUUCAGAAGCAAUUGAAAGUUAUUACCAGAGGUACCUGCAUGGAGUGGGGAAAAAUGGAGCUGCCCCAGUGCUCCUGGAGCUGGCCAAUGAGGUGGACUACGCACCCUCAUUAAUGGCCCGGAUUAUACUGGAGAGGUUUCUACAAGAACACGAGGAAACUCCACCCUCCAAGUCUGUUAUAAAUAGUCUGCUACGGGACCCUUCUCAGAUUCCAGAUGGAGUUCUAGCAAAUCAGGUCUAUCAGUGCACUGUGAACGACUGCUGUUAUGGACCGCUGGUGGACUGCAUCAAACAUGCCAUUGGCCAUGAGCACGAAAUCCUGCUGAGAGACUUGCUUCUUGAGAAAAACCUGUCCUUCCUAGAUGAAGAUCAGCUCCGUGCUAAGGGUUAUGACAAAACACCAGACUUUAUUUUACAAGUACCAAUAGCUGUGGAAGGGCACAUAAUUCACUGGAUUGAAAGCAAAGCCUCAUUUGGUGAUGAAUGUAGCCACCACGCCUACCUGCAUGACCAGUUCUGGAGCUACUGGAAUAGAUUCGGGCCGGGCCUGGUCAUCUACUGGUACGGGUUCAUCCAGGAGCUGGACUGUAACCGGGAGAGGGGCAUCCUGCUCAAAGCCUGCUUCCCCACGGACAUCGUCACCUUGUGCCACGGCGCCGCUGCGCCCUGACGCGCCUGGACCCGAGGCUGGGAGGGGCAGGUGGAUCCGGAAGCAAUUCCACUUCCCUGCAGCGUCAACUCCUGGCAGCAUCUGCCCUGAACUCCAGCUGAACCCUCGCUGCCCGUGGUCACACCACUGCCUCUUUAGACAAACAUAGCAGGAGUCUCUGUUUUCCUUCAGCCCUUGCUGAUGUGAACAGCCAAGAACGACAGACACAACCCACUCAUUGUCAGCGUUUCUGUCUCUGUCAAACAGUUGGUUUAUAGAUAGUCAUAAUCUGUCUUCCUUCCGGAUGGUUUCUGCCUGAAUACUGAACCAAAGGAAAAAUGUGGGGACGCAGAGGUGUGACUUUUCAAUUCUCCUCCCGGUUCCCGAAUCACCCUCUUAUUUUUAUUUUUUUUUCCCCCUAAGAUUCCUUCCCCUCCCCGCUGCUCUUCAUGUAACCCAGACACCCAGGGUCGCAUGACCGCGCGGCAGCACCCAGCCCUGUCCUGGCCACGCGGGGGCCACGGUCUGAAGCCGAAUGCUCGCCCCACCCGCGGGCUCCGAGGCCCCGAGGGCAGCCUCCGCCGCCUUAGCCCAGGCUUCCACGGCCCUGAGCCAAGCUGAAAAAUACACUUGAUGAGAAUUUCCUCUUUUUCUAAUACUUAUUUGAGCAAACGUUUUUCGUUUAUCUCAUUCGAAAGGAUUAGUUACAUUGUGACUAGAAACCGCACUCCUCCGCGGGCGGGGGGCGGGGGGCGGAGCGGGGCGGCUGGAGCGAGGUGCCAGCCGAGGCGGGAGUUUAUUUUUAAAACGUGGCCGGUUCUCAGUAAUGUGCGAUCGUAUUUUUAUGAGUAAAAUUCUUUAAAAGUGCAUUUGGUGCACUGCAUUUUAUACCACGUAAUUAUAAAACGCUCAUAAUUGAGGCAUUAGAAAUAUUCAGCUUUGAACAAAUGAAGUGCGCUGGGAAUGAACCUGGGACGAUUUUCAAUAAAGAAGAUCAGGCAGAGUGUGUAUCUGUUCACUUUACUUAGUCACCUUUUACGCUGCAAAUCAGAUUUCACUCUAAAGCAAAACAUCAGUAAAUUCAUUAUAAAUCUACCUUUUGGGAAGUUAAAGAUUAAUGUAGGCCCAGAAAUGUAUUUAGUAAAAUACAUUGACAAAACAUGACUUUUAUAAUGUUGAACUGGGGAGCUUGGAACUAUUAAUAAAGGUGUAAGUUUUUACAAACA